AUGCGAUUCGCCCGAUUACGUCGAAUAUUUUCCCCGGAGUCCGCAACUUCACCUUUCACAUCAAUGUCGUUCCUCCAAGCUGCUCGGCCUUGCCGGGCAAGAGCCUGUCGAUUUCCUGCAGGCUUCCAGUCGCGGACUUUCAGCAAAUCCCAUUCUCUCGGGACACCCAUCACCGCGGAAGAAAUCCAAGGUGCUCAUAAAUAUUGCGUCGCUCUUCUCUCAAAAUAUGACCGACCCUCCUACACACUAAGCACCUUCAUCCCGCGACAUGCUCAAUCUUUCUACAUUGCGCUGCGCGCACUGAACGUUUCCCUCUCCAUAAUCCCCGAUACCACCUCAUCUCCGACAAUUGGCUUGAUGCGCCUUCAGUUUUGGCGUGACUCAGUAACAAAAAUUCUGGCUGGCGCACCGCCCAAAGAACCCGUUGCGAUCCUACUUUCAUCUGCUAUCUCCGAGCUACACGAGCGCACUCAGGGUCGCGCACGCAUCAGCAAAGGCUGGCUGACCCGACUAAUCAACUCGCGGGAGCAAACUUUAACAAAUGACCCGUAUCCAAACAUUGCGGCGCUCGAGUCCUACGCCGAGAAUACUUACUCGACUCUCAUGUAUCUCACUUUGUCCGCACUGCCGAUGGCAUCUGUGACCGCUGACCAUGUUGCAUCACAUAUUGGGAAAGCGGUGGGAAUUGCAGCUGUAUUGCGCGGGCUGCCGUUCGUGGCCUUCCCUGCUCCAUCUGCUCAGGCUCCUCCUGGGGCGAAUUCCCCGAUGGGUGGAGGUGGUGCGAAGCAGGGAGCUGUUAUGUUGCCUUUGGAUGUCAUGGCGCAGGCGGGCGUCAAGGAGGAAGAUGUUCUCCGAUACGGAGCUGAUGCCGAAGGGCUUCGUGACGCAGUGUUCACUGUAGCCACUCGGGCCAGUGAUCAUCUCAUAACCGUGCAGCAGAUGCUGAGUAAUCUUCGUGCUGGCGAGGAUGUCGGCCAUGACUUUGAGCAUGAAGGUGAAGAGGGACAUGAAUAUGAUGUUGCAAAGGGCAAUGAGUCGCCUCUUGAGGAGGUCAACAGAGCAUUUGGCGUUUUCAUGCCCGCUGUUGGCACCCGCCUGUGGCUGGAUCGCCUUCAGAAGCAGGACUUCGAUGUAUUCAGCCCUGCAUUGCUUCGGUCUGAUUGGAGGCUCCCGUGGAAAGCGUACUCCGCGUAUACGCGGAAAACCCUCGACUAA